GUCCUGCUUCAAUUUUAUACCCUGUUUUACCCUCCCGAUCGACGCUUCCCUUUCCAUCUUCUGUUUCUUCCUUCUAGCUUAGGUUUCUGCAGAUUUGCUCCCUCUGUCUCUCUAAUAUUUUUUACAACACAAUUUACGCUUGGCCUUCUCAACCUUUUCUUUUCUUUUUCUCUCUGUCACUCUUUCGCUUGCUCUCAUUUGGUGGGUUUCCAAGUUUAUUGCAACUGAAAGGUGGUAUGCUUUGUUCUCAUUCGGCCUCUGUCCAAGAAGACGUAUAGAAAGAUCAAUCGUGUUGUGGCAGAGUUGUUGUGGCUUCAACUUGUAUGGCUUGUUGAUUGGUGGGCAGGAGUUAAGAUAAUUAUGUCAGGUGUGCAAGCUUCAAAUGUUUCUUCUCAAGCUUCUCAAGGAACCAAAAGAAAAUGGGUUCCAGAAGAAGAUGCAGCAUUGGUUUCCUGCAUGGUGGACUUGCACAAUGUUGGAACAUUUAAUGCUGAUACCGGGUUCAAAGCCGAUUAUUUAAACGAGUUGGAAAAAAUGCUAGAGAAGGCUUUACCCAACGCAAUGUUGAAGGCUAGACCUAAUAUUGAAUCGAGAAUUAGGUUACUAAAAAGGGAGUGGUCAAUCGUGUAUGACAUGCUUAAUGGCCAAAACAAUAGCGGUUUUGGUUGGGACGAGCAUAGGCAGCUCGUUGUUGAAGAUGCGGUUUGGGACUCCUAUUUAAAGAGUCACAAAGAAGCUGCUCAAUUCAGACAUCGUGCUUUCCCUUACUACAACCAGCUUACUGCCAUAUACGCAAGAGAUCGAGCGACAGGAAAAGAUGCUCAAACAGCUGCUGAUGUUCUUGAAGAAAUAAAUGAUGAGGAUGUACCUACUACAGAUAUGAAUGAAGAAAGAAACUCAUUCUAUGACUGCGAAGCUAACGUCUCUUUGGAUGACAUGGAUGUUUCUGCUACGGAGCCGCGACGAGAUAGAGACCAAGGGGGCUCCUCAUCUUCAAACAAGAAAAAGAAGAAAUCUGAUGCUCGUGAUAAUAUGUCUUCUUCAUUUAAUGAGGCUGCCACUUUAUUGGCUGAAAACAUGCGGGCCGUUGGCGAUCAAAUCAGUAGGAGUAUUGCCUCCGAUGUGGUAGUUCAGCAGAAGUCAGAAGAAUUCCAGAUCAUCCAAGAGAAAGCUACAUAUUUAUAUUCAACCUUAUGGGAAAUUGAAGGUUUAACCGUCGAUGAGUGGUAUCGAGCUUUGAGUAAAAUUCCAGAUCAUCCAACUCAAAUGCUCGUUUUCUUUAGUUUACCUUCUACUGCGCGAUUGGAAUGGGUCAGAAGAUUUAUUUCUGACCAUUAAAAAUCAAUGUUCAAACUUUUUAAUAUUGUAAAACUAUAUAACAAAUGGAUU